AUGGGCGACUCGUGCAUCUCCGAGCUCGAUUUCUCGUACGUCGCAGAGGACGCCUACAACCUCCCCUGGCCGCCUCCCGAGAAACCACGUAUCUCCGUUCCCGACCGGUGCAAGGUCUCUCUGCGCGCUGGAGUCGUGCCGGCGCCCAUCCCCAUAGACGACGACGCGAUGGACAUCGAAAACACUUCCUCCACUUCCUCCAAUCUGUCCUUCGGCUUUCCUGUUCACCAUCACGACGCGCCCGUCCAACCUCAUCCCACGCGCAGGGCGACGUCGUCGCGUCGCAAGUCCAUCUUGAAGACGUCCGCCAGGCGGGGGAAGACGGGUCAUACGCCGUCGCAGAGUGUGCGUUUCGCACCACCGCCCGUCGCGGCGCGUGCAGAGGUAUUCCAGAGCAUCACCGCUACCCCGGGGCUGGACGAGCGUUCCUUCGAGGAAAUGCGAGCCGAAUGCUACGCUAUAUCGGCCAUAACGACUGGGAAGCCCCCACAGCCUGUGCCAGAGGGUACAGGUAUAUCGGAGAAUCUCAUGAUGUCGGCGUUCACUCCGUUCGUCGUGCCGUCCGCUGUUGAGCCUGGGGUGAAGCAGCGGAUGCCAGAGGAGCAGCGCGACUUUGCUAUGUCGCACGACGCUCUCAGCGCGGACUUCACGUUCGCGGCGCUGCCGAUGACCAACAAAGCUUGA